ACGACAUUUUUAUUGUCAAGUAACCUGGUUAAUUUUAUAUUGUGUCUUUGAUAAUAAAAUAUUCAACAAAAUGCCGGUCGACUGCCAAAGAUCGACAACGGGUGGGAAAGGAAACCUAGGCAUGUUUUAUGAUCGUAGUCCCAAAAUUUGUGCUGCAGGUCUUCCGACUCAACAGCCAGAUAAUCGAAUUGUUGAUAACUUGCAGCAUUACCUAGUGAAGGAUGAAGUAGACUCACUUAUAAGUGACGCUAUCAUGCCUCCGGAAGUCCCCAGACCUCUUCCACCUUUACGUCGUCCAAUACCACUAGAUAUGCGUAAUGCUGGAAUAUACGGAGAGGGCGCAAAUAUCAUAAACCCACCAAAUAAAACAAAAUUUCGGGCCCUCGUUGAAGAUUUUAAGGAUACCAGUUAUUCCUCCUAUUGGAAAAAAGCACUCGGAAAAGUUCAAGAUCCAAUACCAAUGCUUCCCGAAGGACUAGAUGUGUACAACACGACCUUUGGGAGAAAAUUACACGAUCAAGAAACGCUAUAUGAUGUUGUUUUCCCAAAAGUACCUCUUGAAGACAAAACGUCAGUAUCAGGAUUUCCCGCCGCCCAAAUAGAUCGAAAAUACUGUACACCUCCAUUUAAUCCAGAUUUAACAUAUGGACAUAGAUCUUAUAUAGACAAACGUGGAAUACAGGUCAAAACUUGCUUGACUGAUGAUAACGUAGUUGUUGGAAAUGGAAAUCGAACUGUGUUAAAUACAAUUCAAUCCACUUACAAAGAAUUCUACAAUGCUAGACCUGGAAAAGUUUUAGCUCCCAAUAAUAAUAUUAACGAAGUCCCAGAUGGCUACUCAUUUGGAAUUUUAAGUAAACCUGAUAAUCUUAAAGAGUGUCUAAGUAUCUGUGAAAUUAAUCCAGAAUGUGAAUUUUACAGAAAAUGCUUAGCUCAUCUUAAUACUGUUCGUAAAUGUAUGUCAACUCGAUUUCUGCCC